UUAAUACUAAUAAUCAUCAUCAAUUAUCAUCGAAUAAUGGUGAUCAUAACAACAACAACAACAACAACAACAAUGAUCGUCAUCAUAUACAUCAGCAACCACAUCGGAAUAAAACGUUAAAUGUUCAUGAUGAAUUUGAAUUAUAUCGGCUUAUUUUUCUACGACAACCAAAUGGACAAUCAUUUCGUAAUAUUUUGCUUGUACUUUGUCAAGUGAAACAGAAUAAAAAUGAAAAAGAGAUUUAUUUGGAUGAAUGUAAAAUUCGUGCAAACACAUUGAAAGAAUUACGACAAUGUUAUAAUGAAAAAAAUGAACAUCAAAAUGAAUUACGUUAUAAAAUGGUACGAUUAAUAAAUAAACGUGAUUGUUGUAGAAAAAAAUUGAUUGAAAGAAAAAAUUAUCUACAACAAUCGGCACAACAAAAUCUUCAAACAUUCGAACAAUUAAAUGAUGCUACAACAACAAUGAUGAUGAUGAUGAUGAUGAUGAUUGGUAAUAACAAAUGAAUGAAUGAAUUAUUUUAUUAUGUUACUGUUUAUUGUUUCUAAUUCUAAUUAAUUUGAUAAUAAUUCUGUUAAAGAAUGAAAAUAAUUUUUCAAAUCAAUAUAUAAAUAGUGACUAUAAAUUAUUGAUAUCGAUGAAAUUCGUUGUAUCAAAAAUACGUUAUUUUUUUUUUUCAAUUUUUUUUUCAUUAAUUUAAAAAUAUAAAAAAAUUAUGAAAUCAUCAACAACAUCAACAAAGACAUCAUCAUCAUCAUCAUCAUCAUUGUCAUCAUCAUCGAUGUCAUCACAGAAAUCAUCUCGAAGUACAACAAAUUCAACUAAUUCUAUUGAAUCGAUUGGUAUGGGUGUUGGACAGCAGCAGCAGCAUCAGCAUCAGCAGAAUCAGCAGCAACAACAACCACAACCAUCAGUAGAUUUUCAUGGUUUUGAUAUGACACAAUUGCCUAAAUUAAAAGAAUUCACUAUUGCUAAAUUAGAACCAGAAAGUGGUUCACCAAUUGGUGAAUAUAUGUACAAUUGUAUUGCCUAUAUAUUCUAUUGUCCAUUACAUCGAAGAAUAAUGCUUAGCCUUAAUGAACGUAAUAAUGCUGUUUGGUUACCAUUUGUUGCAUUACAACCGGAUAAAACAUGGAAUAUGGCCACUACCGAAGGUAUUGCCAUAAUAUUCUCAAAAGAAGAUUCAGAAAUUGAUCCAAGAUUAGUGAAAACAAUACCAGUACAAAGUAUUAAUUGUGUCCACAUAUUGCGGAUACAAUUACCGAUGACAAAAAAAUUUAUUUAUCGUUUAAUACAAUUGGUCACAUUGGAUAGUGUUAAUCAACCACCUGGUGAUACAGCAACACAAUUUAAAUGCUGUACAAGUAGUAAACAUUUACAAUGGAUCGACAUGAAUGAUGCCAUCACCGGUAAUAUAUCCGGAUUAUGGGGUCCUGAAGUACCAAUGUUUGUAUCAUUCUUAGUGGAAACAAAUAAACCAAGAGAAAUAUCAGAAAUUGGUUUCAAUGUUGAUAAUUUGAUUACUAUGAUUGGACUGCAGGAUCUGAUUAAUCAACAACAACAACAACAACAGCAGCAGCAGAAUAAAAAUAUAGAUCAAAUAUUAGCAAAUACGUUUCAUAUAUCAAAAAUGGAUAUUGGAAAAAUUUAUAGCGAUUUUUUGGAACAUUGUUUUCCAUCAUUCUAUAUGACAUAUUGGUCAUUUUGUAGUUAUAUUAAUGAUUAUUUUCAUGAAUGUGAUACACUAUUACAGCUAUUUCAGGCAUUCAAUUCAAAUCGUUGUGGUUAUCUAACAUUUCAAGAAUUUUUCUCUGGUAUCGUUUCAAUAGAACCUGGUUGUCCAAAUACAAAUCAACGAUUACGUUUUAUAUUUCGUUAUUAUGAUCUGGAACGUCGUGAUCAUUUGGAUCAAAAUGAUAUGGCCAGAAUGUUUCGUGAUUUAAAUUGGAAUGAACAAUCGCUUGGUACAUGGAAAAAUUUUCCAAUAAAUUUUGAUCAAUUUAUUCAUUUAGUAUCAAAUGAUUCAAUACGUACAGAAUCAUUGUGUCGUGCAUCAAGUCCAUUAUUGGUGCAUAUUUGUCAUAAUUUUCAACGCCGUAAUGAUACAAGAAUUUCUGCAUAUCGUAAAAGUCGUGUUGAAUCAUCACAUCAUCAUCAUUCAUCAUCAGUUAUUGUUGAUAAAAGUCAUGGCCCUUGUUUAGCAUGUCGUGAACGUAAUUAUGAAUUUGGUUCACAUUGUGUACGUUUCGAUCCGAUUGGUCGUUGUAUUGAAGCUAGAAAUAUUCUUGAACACGAUGAUACAAACGAAUUGAAUAUCAGCAAUGAUCCAACGGUUAAUAAUGAUAAAAAUGAAAUGACUAUGCAUAAAUAUUCACAGGAUUAUGUAUUCUCAACUGUAUCGAUUGGUCCAACAUUUUUGGAUAUGUUACGAGAAUUUAAUGCUGCUAAUGCCGUACAACAACAACAACAACAAUCACGAAAAGAUCGACAUCAUCAACAACAACAACAACAUCAACCAUUGGGAUUUUUUGCUGGUACUGAUAAUAAUCAUGAUCUAUUUAUUCGUUAUGUAACCAUUCUAUGUCAAAAUGUUCGUGCAAUAUUUGAUUGUGAAGAUAAAUUGAUACGUAUAAAUUCAUCAUCAUAUAUUAUUGGUGAUAUUAUCGGUGAUUUAGGUAAUUUAAUCAAAAUGGAACGAGCCCUAUGGACAAGUGUUCCAGUUGUACCCAGUAAUUAUGUUUUUCUUGGCAAUUAUGUUAAUGGUAUUGGCAUUAAUUCAAUGGGAAUCGAAUGUAUAUUGUAUUUGUUUGCAUUGAAAAUUAUUACACCAAAUAAAUUUUUUCUACUACGUGGCCAUAAUGAAUGUAGACAAAUGCAGAAAAAUAAAUUUCAAUCAGAAUGUAAUCGAAAAUAUGGUGAUAAAAGUGGACAUAUUCUUUAUGAAUUGAUCAAUGAUAUAUUCGAUCGUAUGCCAUUGGCUAUAAUAAUCGAUGAAUCGGUUGCAUGUGUUAAUAAUAAUCUGCCCAUUCGUACGACCACAUCGAUUGAUGAUAUUAAUAAUAAUUUACCAAAAGAAUUAAAAGAUCCAAAUCAAUUUCCUAUAGUUAAAGAAAUAUUGAUCAACGUGUCUAGAAUGAAUACUGCUGAUGAUAAUCAAAAUAUUGAUUAUUUAAAUCGUAAUGGUCUUACACAUUUGAUACGUGCUAAUCAACAAUUGGAUCGUGGUUUUCAUAUUGGUGGCCAAAAACGUAUUAUUAAUUUAUUUAGUGUACCAAAUUCAUCAGCAAUAAUUGGUUCUUCUGCUGCUACAAACACUGGUGGACGUAAUGAUCAUGAAUUGACAGUAGUGGUAGUCGAUUCACCAAAGAUUCGAAUCAUUAAAAUCAAUACAAUAAUUGAAUGAAUGAAACAACAAAAAAAAACCAAACCGUACAACCAAAUA